GACUUGAGUAACGAGCCGUUCCCGGACUUCAGCCAGCGCCCUGCGUGGUACGACAUUCGGCUGCUAAAAAGCAACGGCGACGGCGCUGACCGGGCAGCCUCGCUGUCUUAUAACACGCAGCGCGACUGGAUUGUCAAGGCCUUCACAUACGCCGGCGUUACUUCUCAGUAAAAGACACACAUCGGCCGCAGUUCAGGGGCAAAGACAGCCGAGCUAAAAGGGGUUAGCGAGGACCAAAUCCGUCGCGCCGGCCGUUGGAACCAGGAGCAGAUGGUCGUCUGUUAUCUCAAUUCUCUGCCGCGCAAGUUUAUGCGUACGAUGGCCGGCCACCCUCCGCAGAUGGGCUGCUUUGAGAUCCGCCGCGCCGCUAUUACGCCGCCGGAGGCCCUGCUCUCGAUGAUCUGGCCAAGCUUAGAGCGUUGGAAAGACCGGUUUGGCCGUAGCGACGACCAGAUAAACGACCUUGCGGCAAUGGGCUUGACGAACCUGCUUUUCUACCUCCGCGAGGUGAUCCUACAAGACGCAGCUGUUCUUAUGCCGCAGUUCCCUGGCAACUCGGUGUGAAAUCACCCGGUCUUCCAGCACGAAGCGUGGCCGCCAUUUGCACAGCAGAUCUUGGCCUCUAUUCAGGAGGAGGAACGGC